CGUGCUGAUAUAAUAAUAGUUGUUCAAUGCUGCUGUUUGUGUAGGUCCUUAGCUGUUGGAACCAAAUCAGGAUACAAGUUUUUCUCCCUGUCCUCUGUGGACAAAUUGGAGCAGAUAUAUGAAUGUACGGACACUGAGGAUGUGUGCAUUGUGGAGCGUCUGUUCUCCAGCAGCCUGGUGGCCAUCGUCAGCCUCAAGGCGCCCAGGAAGCUCAAAGUCUGUCACUUCAAGAAGGGAACCGAGAUCUGCAACUACUCCUAUUCCAACACCAUACUGGCUGUCAAGCUCAACAGACAGAGGCUGAUAGUGUGUCUGGAGGAGUCCCUUUACAUUCACAACAUCCGAGACAUGAAGGUGCUGCACACGAUCAGAGAAACUCCACCCAACCCUUCAGGAUUGUGCGCCCUUUCCAUCAGCAAUGAUAACUGUUAUCUGGCUUACCCAGGCAGUGCUACGAUAGGAGAAGUUCAGGUGUUUGACACAGUCAACCUGCGAGCGGCUAACAUGAUUCCAGCCCACGACAGCCCAUUAGCGGCUCUGGCUUUCGACGCCAGUGGAGUCAAACUGGCCACGGCCUCGGAGAAGGGCACAGUCAUUCGUGUCUUCUCAAUCCCAGAGGGACAGAAGCUCUUUGAGUUUCGGAGAGGAGUCAAGAGGUGUGUGAGCAUCUGCUCGUUGGCGUUCAGCAUGGAAGGCCUGUACCUGUCGGCCUCCAGCAACACGGAGACGGUCCACAUCUUCAAAUUAGAGACGCAGAAGGAGAAGUAUGUGUACGUACCUUUCGGUUUCCGUCCUAUUACGUCAGACUUUACAAAAAAAGGUUCUGAGGAUUAGGGACGAGUCUUGCCCAUUUACUUAUGCUUCAUGUUCCUCAGAGUAACGGAGGCUUCUCACGUGUGUGUGUGUGUGUGUGUGUGUGUGUGUGUG